AUGAUCUAAUGAGAGGACGGAAUGACAAAUAUAUGGUCAAAUUUUACAAAAAAAAUAUAUUAUAUGAAUUUUAGCAUCCCGUACCCGUAUCCCUUAUUUUGAGAUAGACGUUUUUCCGUAUCCAUUUUAUACUCGUAUCCGUGUUAAUACCCGUUCUUGUGCAACCUAGGAUAAAACAACCAUUUAACAGUCGGACUAGUGAAAGACUAGGAUUGUGAUAAUAUCUGCUUCAUUACUAUAAAUAAGGCUGUCUUCUCCUCGUAUUUUACAAACUAAAACAGCAAGUGAAAAAAAAAAAAAAUUAUAAUUCCCCUUUAAAUAAAAAUUUCUAUUACUCUUAAAAUUCCCAAAUUAAUUAGCCACUUAAUUUUCAUAAUGACGACCCAAAUACAAGAAAUUACAUCAAUUAAGGGAAAUUCAGCCCUUGUAAAGCAGAGCUUUUUCGACCAGUCCCAUAAUAUUUCCUUCCCACAAGAGUAUCAGUUUCAGCAGCUGGUCAAGAAGAUAAAGGAAACAAUGGCGAGCAAAUCGAUUGAAGGCGGUGUUGAUCACGUAGAAGAGUUGGUUAUGAUUGAUGCCAUACAAAGGUUAGGACUCGAAUGUUACUUUCGAGACGAUAUCCAUGGUGUACUGAGAAAAUGUAGCGAAACCGGUAGUGAAGGGGGUGGUGAUAACCUUCAUGUUGUUGCUCUUCGCUUUCGGCUACUGAGACAAGCAGGAUACAAUGUACAAGCAGACACUUUCAAAAAGUUCAAGGACAACAAUGGGAGAUUCAAACAAGAGCUUGUGAAAGACACGAACGGGCUAAUGAGUCUUUUUGAGGCAUCGGAGCUGGGCAUCCCAGGAGAUCAAAUACUUGAUGAAGCUAGUGAAUUUACAUGGAAUCUCCUAAAGACGUCUGUGGAGCAUGUCAAAAGAUCUGAUGAGACCGUGAUAAUAAGAAACACGCUUAACAAUCCAUUUCAUAAAAGCCUUCCUAGACUUACUGCAAAGAAACAAAUACACAAUUUUAAAACUUUGCUAAAUUCUUUACAUGAUGACUGUUAUGUUAUGAAUGAGUGGAUCGAAGAUAUACAAGAACUAGCAAAAAUUGAUGUCAACAUGUCUCAAACCACCCUUAAAAAUGAAAUGAAUCAAGUAUCUAGGUGGUGGAACAAACUUCACGUGGCUGAGGUGUUAGAGCAUGCAAGAAACCAACCAGUAAAAUGGCAUAUGUGGUCCUCGGUCGCCCUCCCUGGCCCGGAUAAGGCAGAUCUAAGAACAGAACUCACAAAAUCGAUAUCUUUUGUUUAUAUCAUCGACGAUAUUUUUGAUGUGUAUGGAAAACUCGAGGAGCUCACUCUCUUUACUGAAGCUGUCAAUAGAUGGGAAUAUGCCAACAUCAAAGGCUUACCGGACUACAUGAAAAAUUGCCUUAAUGCACUUUUUGACACUACAACGGAGAUGAGCCACAAAAUUUACAUUAAACAUGGAUGGAACCCUAAAGAUUAUUUACAAAACGCGUGGGCAGAGUUAUGCAAUGCUUUCUUAGUAGAAGCAAGAUGGUUUGCUUCCGAGCAUUUGCCAACAAUUAAGGAGUAUUUGAAGAACGGAGUGGUUAGUUCUGGUGUUUAUGUUGUUUUUGCAACCCUUUUCUCACUCUUGGGUGAAGCAAGAAAUGUUAAAGACACAAAUACUUGGAACAACCAUCCUAGAAUUGCUUCUAUGACGGGUACACUUCUUCGUCUUUGGGAUGACCUAGGGAGUGCCAAGGAUGAGGAUCAAGAUGGUUAUGAUGGAUCAAUUGUAGCGUGUUACAUGAAUGAGUACCAAGAAAGCACAGAAGAAUGUGCGCGUGAACAAGUUCUAGGGAUGAUUUCGGAAGCAUGGAAGUACCUCAAUGAAGAGUGCCUAUCUCAGUCUCCAUUUUCAACAGAUAUAAAAAACGCUUUGCUUAAUUUAGCAAGGAUGAUUCCGAUUAUGUACAAAUAUGAUGACAACCAUCGUCUGCCAAGCCUUGAGAAACAUAUGAACUCAUUGCUUAAUGAGUAAACCAAUUAAGAUAAAAAAAUCUAGUCAUCUAAUCAAUCUUAAACGAUUGAUCUUUGUAAGUAAUUACACCAAAUUAAUAAGGGUCAUUUUCUUUUAUUUA